CCGUGACCGACAGCAGCAUCCAGCACUGUUGUGGAUGAGAGAGAGGCUGCUCUGUCUUUCAUACAAAACAGCGUCGCAGUAGCAAAUUAGUAGGUAUAAACAAUAGUCGCGUUUAGUGCAGCAAGGUAUAACUUUUCAAUGAGUUAGGACCCGUUGUUUUUGUAUACGACGUGUGACUGAAGGACAUGCCAGCAGCAACCUUGCAACUCCAAUUUAAGAUUUUAGAGGUUGUAAUAGUAUAGUAUCCCUGCAGCUGCAGAGUUGCACACAAAAAAACAUUAUUCAGUUGAAGCUCGGAGUACUGCACAUCACACAGAGGAGUCUCUUCGCCUCCAUAGACGAGGAUGAGCAGGAGUAACUGAGGUGUUGCCUCUCCAGUGUUGUGUCUGGGGUGAUAAAUGUCAGCCGGUCCUGAUAUUUGUAUGGGUCUUUCUCCACAACCACUGGUCUCCCCGGGUAGACUGAACAAACGAGUCGACUCUAACAGAUCUACGCCUGUCCUCUGUCUACUUGCGGUCUGACGGCACUCAUCAACAUCAAAGGAGCAGAGCCCCAGUAACGCCACAUCCCUGGCUAUGAUGCAGGAGCCACAGGAGAUGGUGGAGGAGACUGUCACCAUAGAGGAGGAUCCCGGCACCCCCACCUCCCACGUCUCAGUGGUCACCUCAGAUGAUGGCACCACACGGCGCACAGAAACCAAGGUGACUAAGAUGGUGAAGACAGUGACCACACGAACAGUGCGCCAGGUGCCCCUUGGUCCUGAUGGCUUACCCCUUCCUGAAGGUACAUCCCCACUCGGCAGCUACACCGACUCCAUCGACCGGCGCUACAUGAAGAAUGGAGGUGAUCGUUUCAUCACACCUCAAGCAACCUCCACCCUGACACGCUCCUACAACAACUCCUACAACGAUUCAUACGGUGAGACACCUGAGAGCCAAUAUGUUCGCCACUACGGACUGCACGACGGCUACGUAGAUUUGGCAGACAACUACGGCAGCCUGUCACGGGGCGUCAACUUCCGGCCACCGCGCUACCCCUACUUGCCCAACAGCUACCGGCCUGAGAACAGCUACACCCUCCCGAUACGCAAGGAUGACUACGGUCAUGUGGCCCAGCCCCAGGUGCCCAUGGGCAGCAGCACCAUUGAUCUGAACCGCUCACAGCCGGAGCGCUUCCAGGCCGAGCCAUAUGGCCUGGAGGAUGAUCGCCGCAGCUUGGGACAGGAUGAGGAGGAGCCAUAUGAGCUGGAACCGGACUACUCCACUGCCAACCGACGCACCCUGCAGGGGGCAAACCGGGGUCGCACCCACAGGGAACCUCUGCGUGAUGGGCCCCGAGUGAGAGGGUACGCAGACGACCCCAUCGAGACCGAGCUGAUUGAUGAGCGCCACCCCUACAUCCACGGCAUGUAUUCAGCUCCACUCGCUCAGCCGGAGAGGGGCAGCAUGGCCAGUCUGGACCGCAUGGGAGGCCGCCGUUCACCAUCCAUCGACAGCAUCCGAAAAGACCCGCGCUGGCGUGACCCAGACCUGCCCGAAGUCAUCGCCAUGCUUGGACACCCCAUUGACCCGGUCAAGUCCAACGCGGCUGCCUACCUGCAGCACCUGUGUUACGAGAAUGACAAGAUCAAGAAGGAUGUGCGUCAGCUGAAGGGGAUUCCUGUUCUGUCCGGGCUUCUGGACCACCCCAAAUCUGAAGUCCACCGCAAGGCCUGUGGUGCCCUGCGCAACAUCUCCUACGGCAAAGACAACGACAACAAGGUGGCCAUCAAGAACUGUGACGGCAUCCCGGCUCUGGUCCGUUUGCUGAGGAAGACCAACGACAUGGAGGUUCGAGAGCUCAUCACAGGCACUCUGUGGAAUCUGUCGUCCUAUGAGCCUCUGAAGAUGGUGAUCAUCAACCACGGCCUGCAGACCAUGACCAACGAGGUCAUCAUCCCGCACUCAGGCUGGGAGCACGAACCGAAUGAAGACUCGAAGCCACGUGACGCCGAGUGGACCACCGUCUUUAAGAACACCUCCGGCUGCCUCAGAAAUGUGAGCUCGGAUGGAGCAGAGGCUCGACGCAGGCUGAGGGAAUGCGAGGGAUUGGUGGACGCCUUGCUGCACGCUCUCCAAUCAGCUGUAGGGAAGAAAGACAUGGACAACAAGUCCGUGGAGAACUGUGUUUGCAUCAUGAGAAACCUGUCCUACCACGUCCACAAAGAGGUGCCAGGGGCUGAAAAGUUUCAGGACCCUUCAUCACUCCAGGCCCCUGGAUCAGCUGGACCACAGAGGAAGAAAAAGGAUGACGCUGGCUGCUUCGGAGGAAAGAAAGCCAAAGAGGAAUGGUUUAAUCAAGGCAGAAAAAACGGUGAGAACGACAAAAACUACGACACAUUGGAUCUGCCCAAGCGCGCAGAGCCGACCAAAGGCUUUGAGCUGCUGUAUCAGCCUGAAGUUGUGAGGCUCUACCUAUCUCUGCUGACUGAGAGCCAGAACUACAACACCCUGGAGGCCGCUGCAGGGGCUCUUCAGAACCUCAGCGCUGGACAAUGGACUUGGUCCAACUACAUCCGAGCCACGGUGCGGAAGGAGAAAGGUCUUCCCAUCCUGGUUGAGCUGCUGCGCUCCGACUCUGACAAGGUGGUGCGAGCUGUGGCCAUCGCUCUGCGCAACCUGUCCAUUGACCGCCGCAACAAGGACCUGAUCGGAAGUUACGCCAUGCGGGACUUGGUGAGCAACCUGCCCAGUGGUCAGCAGCGGCCAGCCAAAAACCUGGAGGAGGACACGGUGGUGGCUAUCCUCAACACCAUCCAUGAGAUCGUCACUGACAGCUCAGAGAAUGCCCGCUCCCUCAUCCAGGCCCAGGCCAUCGAGAAACUGGUCGCCAUCAACAGGACCAGCCAAUCUGCUCGUGAAACGAAGGCGGCGUCCCACGUGCUGCAGACGGUCUGGAGUUAUAAGGACUUGAGGAAUGCUCUGACCAAGGAUGGCUGGAACAAAAGCCACUUCCAGCCCACAGUGACAGCCACCCCGAAAGCUACAAAGAACGGCAAGCCAGGCUAUGAUGACACCACUCUGCCACUGAUGGAGAAAAACCAAGAUGGUUACUCCACUAUUGACCAGAGGGACAAGGACUGCAAGUACAAGGCAGGCGACAGCUCGGUGGACCUGACGGAACGGGAACCAUUAAAGAAUGACACAAAUAGGAAACACUAUAUCAGGAGUAACAGGCCUGCGGUCAGUCUGGUGGACGCUUGUGAUGUAAAGCCCCAGCCUGUUGACUCCUGGGUCUAAAUGCAUGCAUGGCUUAAAAUAACAACACUGCAGCUAUAGGAGGAUCUCUCAUAUCACCACUGCCAUUUCACUCAUCUUACGAGUUGGACUUUGUACAGAAAAGAGGAUUUAAAAACAAACAAAAAAAAAGAUGAUCAAAACAGCGACUACCCAGCAGCAGCCAGCAUUCUCAUGCUUUUCAGAUUUUUAAAAAAGAACGAGAAUAAAAAGUGACUACUCACACUGCUUUCUCAUAUCUACAUUCCCACUGGACAUCAUGUGAAUUUUACAGUGUUGACUCUUGUUGAGCUCAAACGGUGAUGAAGAACGGACAGAGGCCGGUGCUGAUGAAGAAAUGGACUUAUGAAGUUGGACAAAGCGAGGUGAAGGAAGUUAAAAGAGAAGGAACGUGUGCCGGAAGGAAACCUGUAUGAUUAUUUUUAAAUUUCAGUUUUCACAUGUGGGAUAAGUUCAAGCCUCAAUUGUGUGGGUUUUGGAGAAUUUGACUUUCAGUUUGUUCUCAAGCUUUGGUAUUUUGAUGUGAACAGCUAUGGACUGGUGUGUUUGAAAGUCGCUGAAUGUUUUUUUUUCAGGUUGUUUGGAUGGAAACGAGAAAGUAAAAGUAAAAAGAGCGUAACCGAGCCUGAGAGGAGCUGUAGCAUAGUGAACAUUUAAUCCCAGCUGCUCUCACAGACUUCUCCAUUUGGUUUACUGUGUUUUUAUAAAGAAAAAAAAAGUGCACUGAGAUGCUUUUAAAUCAAAAGUGGUAAACAGGUGAUUGAUGUUCAUUUUACGAAGUGAGGAGUCCGCAAGUUGUGGUCUGGAGAGUGGAAAGUGAGAUGGUUUGAGCAUCAGUUUGAGUGACAGUUUCUGUUAACACUGCAUCGCAAAAGUAUGUUAAAGCAGAAGCAUGUGAAACACUCAUGGAGCUGUGGUUAAAUCUGUAACCACUCAGGUUGUCUAAUGAUGCAGUUUCACAAGUUUCCUGGCUGGUUGCUCUUUGUCAAUGAUGUGUAUUAAAGAGGAUAUGAGGCAUUUUGUUUAUAAAUGAUUUGUGUUUUUGAAGAAAGACAGAAGGAUAGGUCUAAAAGCGUUUUUUUUUUAUUUUUGUUGGCUUUUAUAUAAAUGUAUAUUAGGGUCAAAAGGAAAAAAAAAAAGAAAAAUGAAGGAUAAAAAAAUCAACAAAAAUGACCGACCUCUUAGUUGUAUAUUAAUAUCACACUGUUUGGAAAGCACAUCUCAUUUGAUAAAGGCUCACCAUGUUUGUAAACAAGAAAUAACCACGUAACUUAAAUGUGUGUCAAAUAUUGUCGAGUCACGCCGAUGAUCACUUAUUUAUAUUUUCUAUUUGUCAAAAAAAAUAACAGAAAAAGUUUAUUGGCGAUGGUCUUUCUUAAGGCGAUGACUGACAUGAAAAGCUCCCACGUCUUCAAAACAGACACUCCGGAGGGGUCAGAGGUCAGACUGAGUUAACAGGAUUGACAAGAGAUGGCAGUGUUAAUAAAACAGUUUCAUUUUUCUUCCUGAUGGAUUCAGACCAAGUUGAACCCUCCUUCACCGGUGCAUCUUAAAGAGAAAUAUACAGUUGUGAGCAUGCAGAAAAAACUGUACAGAUGUUUAUAUUUUAUUCUUUCCAAGUGCCAGUUUUUUGUGGUGUCAUUUGGAUAUUAACUAAUUCAUUUCAGUGAAAUUCAUGAGGAAGACAGAACAGCCGGGGAGUGGAUCAGGAGGUGUGAGACACAAUAAGAGUUGCAUCACACUGUACAAAAAACAUCAAGUUUGGUCAUAUAGUAUAUAUUUUUACAACGUGUUAGGGUGUGUGGUUGCGAUAUAGAAAAGCAGAGGGAUACGGAAUCAUAUUGCCAUUUUCUCUUGAUUCACUUUGGAAAGAAAGAGAAGCCAAUCCAAGUCGGUAUCACUCAUGCGUCAUCAAGGCGAACGGCAUGUGCCUGCAUUGAAGUCUGAUUUUCUUUGUGACGUAUGUGACUUUAUAAAGCUUGCAUAUUUUACACAGUGUUUACAAAAGGUGUACGUUGUGGUAAAAAUCAAUAAACUACAAAAAAAAAUCUAACUGUAUAAAUUUUAAUUUCAGAUUUUAAAAAAAAGUUAUAAUAAUACCCAGCAUCCCUUUUGUGUGUCCUCAGAAGUGUGUGCUUUCAUUGGACAAUACUGAACCCUUUCGACAAAGACCCACAUGACUGUCUAUUCCUGACUGCACUGUGCAGUAACACAACCAAAGGAUCUGGAGUUGUCUUUACAUGCAUUCAUAAACAAAGGGUUUUUCCAGUUUUGUGGAUGUGCAGCACAUUGUACAUUUACAAAUUAAGAGCCAAGCAACUGUGCUGUAAGAUAAAUGCGCGACACGGACACAACGAAUCAAACGAACCUACCUGUGUAGAUAUGACUGAUUCAAGACCGUCAAAAUAAAGUAACUGUACUACUCAGUAGCAGAUGUGUUUGUACCUAUCAUGUGCCUUAACCUUUUCCAUGGUAGAUAAAAGAUAAGUGUGUUUUAUAUAACUUUAUUCCUCCCUUUCAACUGUCAUCUCACCAUCCUGUCUGUUCACCUCAACCCCCUCCUCGUCCCCGGCCCCCUUCCUUUUCCCCCCUCCACUCGACUCAUUCAUUCAUUCAUUCUCCCAGCAUCCCCCCACCCUCUACUGCCCCCUGAACCCCAUGUAGUUUAGACUGUUGGUGGGUUUCUGCCUUGUAUUACAUUGUAUUAUAAACUUUUAAAAAGAUAGAGGCAUUCGAUGACAUGGUUUUGAUUUCCUAGAGGAGUAAAGUUGUUAAUGCUUUCGUAGCGAGCAGAAGCGAUGCCACAGUGACAGAAUGUAUUACGUUAAUUUUACUAAUACCCAGAGGCAAAUAUUACGCUUGUUAAACAUAACGGAAAAAUACUGGUUUGUAGAGUAUAAAUUUGGUGUGUUUUCAAUAAAUCAUGCCUGGAAAGAA